CGGGCUGGACACACACUGAGCCGUUGUGUCUCUCUGUGCUGACACUCAGAUCACUGUUUUCCCUCUGACGAACACACCUACGAAGACAGACCUCUCCACAAGCAUGAACCUUUUCUGCUUUUCACUGGAGGGGUCUAUGGACAGCUUGUAUGAGGCGGUGCAGAAUUCCAGCGAUGCCCCCCCGCCGCCCGUCCCCAGCCGCUCGUCCAGCCGCCCCUGCAGCCGUCCAUGCAGCCGCUCCUGCAGCCCCGCCGUCCUACUGGAGGACAACGCAAAGUGGAAAGGCUCCGGCAGAUCAAUAUCCAUGGAUAUGCCUCAGACAAUUGGAACCACUUCGCAUAAAAAAGAAAAGGCGAACACAUAUAUCCAAAUCAGCAUCAGAUAAUGAAGCUUUGGAUAACCCCGGCUGUAAUACAGCAGUUUGGCAACCUGCCAAAAGCCGAGAAGAUUUAGUCCACAUACCCAACAUCCACAACGAAGAGAUGAAGAGGAUUAAGCACAGAACGGAAACAAAAGGAGGAAAAGGACCACAUCAAACUGGCACUAAAAAGAAGGAGAAACCACCCUCAAACCAGAGCGUCCAUGCCAACGGAGUCACAGCAGAGUCCAAACCUCCAGCCAAAAGAAACCAAAAGCCUGGAAAGAAACCAGGGAACAAAAGUGGGAAAGAAGGGACAAAGAAAAGUCACAACUCCACAGUGAAUUCACCACCAGGACCCAUGAGCCCACUCCAGGUGCCCCAUUACCUGGAUGUACCAUACAGACCAGACAGGAGGCCCUACCAGGGCAAGGCCUCCACCCUCCCUGCUCAAGAGAAUACAACACCUGGACGCUGCACAGAAAUGGUCAGCCUUCCUGGAGGAGCGACACCCACCCACACCAACCACCAGCGCUGGAGCAACCCAGGUGAAGGCAGUCCUGUAUGGGGGUCCAUCCAGCACACCUGCCGCAGACCGCUCACUGAGUAUCGAGUCUACUCCCAUGAUUUUUCUGGGUCUCAUGGGAAGGAGUGGGAAGGAAGACAGCAGCAGGGAACAAGCCAGGACAGCGGCUUGAAACGGGACGGUAAACCCCAGGUUCCCCCUAAGGUGCCACGGUCGAUCACAGAUGUGGAUCUGUUAGAACCAAAUCGUUCCACAAGCUUCGGCAGGUUCGAGGGCCUCCGAAAUCACCCAUCACAGGCUAAACCAGAGGAAAAUGGAACAGCUGUGGUCACAGAAGAAUGUGAGAGUUCAGACCCAAACAAAUCUGCUGGACUUGGGAAGAAGAUGAAGGCGAUUUCACUGACCAUGCGCCGAAAAAUGGGCAAAAAACACGCCAAGUCUUUCUCAGAGGAAACAGGUGACGAAACAGACAGAGAUCAAGAGGCAGAAACAGAAAAUAGUCCUGCAGCCGUGAAAAACUCUGCACACUCUUUGGAAAGUCUUUACAGCGGCCAGAGCUCCUCCAGUUCAGGUGGCGUGACGAGUGAGUCCAACGGCUCUGCUCAGAGAGACAGUGUAAAGCUGGAGGAGGACGGCUCCUACCAGGGCCAGUUCUGUGGCAGAGCUCGCGUCCAUACAGACUUCGUUCCCAGCCCAUAUGACACAGACUCACUCAAACUCAAGGUUGGUGACAUCAUCCACAUCAUCAGUAAGCCUCCCAUGGGCAUCUGGACUGGAAUGCUUAACAACAAAGUGGGCAACUUCAAGUUCAUCUACGUAGACGUUUUAGUAGAGAAGGAAGAAGAAGAGGAAACCCCCCAGAUCAGACAACAGAAGCUGUGCAAAAGGCCUCGACCAAAAACAUUGCUGGAGUUGCUGGAGCGUCUGAAUCUUGAGGAGUAUGCAUCUGCCCUACUGCUAAAUGGCUACCAGACGGUGGAGGACCUGAUGCACCUGCAGGAGAAACACCUAAUAGAGCUGAACGUCAAAGACCCCGAACACAGACGCAAGCUUCUUGCUGCUGCUGACUGCAGAUACACAGAAGGUGAUGAGGUCAGGGAUUCAGAAGAGCACAAAUCCUCCCACAGUCCACAGGAAGAAGACAGCGACUGCCCCAGGGACUCGGGCUGCUUCAUCCCAUCUGAAUGCUCAGACAGCAAGGAAGACUCAGAGCAGCUCACGGACGCUGUGGAUUCUUAAUGUGCUCAUUUGUUGCAUGGAUACUUUGACAUUUUGGAACACAAAGUUGGAUAUUUUUCUUGACCAAACACCAUUGAUUUUAAAAUAGAUUCAACAAGUAGAAAAUGAUUAUCUUUAAAUGUCAAAUUAACAUUCCUCAACCCAUAAAGUAAGGCUAAAAGUUGUCUAAUGGAAUAAUUUUGUUUUUAAAAGUAUAACAUGCACAAGGUAAACAAACAACUGAGAUCCUGAAUGUCAUCUUAUCUAACUAACAGGAACAUAAUCAACUUGUACAUUUUGAUUUCAGACAUUUUUGAUGUUUUAAAAGACAUUAAAUGUAUUUAUUACUUUCUAAUUCAGUGUUUUUGCAUAUGAAGCCUUUAUUUAUCACAUUUGCAUCAACUGAUAUAACUCAUCACAUCUAGUUUUGAAUUGGUACAUUUGUUUUUCUGUAAAUAAAGUGAUGGGAUGUUGCUGAAAUGUAGAUUUUUGACUCGAAGUCUUGCCUAUAAUGUAAACUGUACAGAUAAAAUGUUGUUAUUUUUUAUUGUAUGUGUAUAUAUGAAAGAGAGAGUCUGAGUGCACUCAUAUCGAAGUCUUGUGUUUUCACGAGGUUUUGUAAAUACAACACAAAUACAAAUAUAUUAAAAUGUGUUUUUUGUUGA